AGCACCAGAAUUGAGACGGUUUACCUGGAAACAUUGUGUCUCAUAGUAUCGAGUGGUCUCCUCCGAAGCCAAUUUGGUGUUCAUGCUGUAGUUUACUCAGCAGGGGUCUAAAAGUAAGUAUAAGUCUUUGGUGCAAAGUGUUCAGGUAGGAUAGGUGGAAAGGAGACUUGGUUCAGAGCACAGAUAAGGCUGAAGAUAACUCACAGCACGUGGAAGAGAGAAUUUGGGAAGUUUCCCACUUUCCCCAACUGUCAAGAGAGAUAUUGCUCCCACUAGGAGUGGGCUUUGAGAAGUUAACGCGGACAACCAAACUACACUUCAGAAAAUGGCACCUCGGCCAAAGUUAGAGGAUGGCUCUGAAGAGAAUACGAAAGAAGCAUUUGAUGAUCCCAUUAAGAAAUCUAUCUCCAUGGCCCCUGCUCUCUCUACGGUGGCUUUAAUAGAGGAUGAUCCCUGGGACAUGCCUGAACUGCAGGACAAGGGGGUUAAAUGGGCAGAUCUUGACACAAAAAGGAAGGUCCUGAGAGUUGUAACCAUAGUAGCAAGGCUGAUUCUGCUUGUUGGUUUGCUAUACAUGUUUGUUUGCUCACUGGACAUUCUCAGCUCAGCUUUCCAGCUUGUUGGAGGCAAAGCAGCAGGGGACAUCUUCCAGGAGAAUAAAGUGCUGUCAAACCCUUUGGCAGGACUGGUGAUCGGGAUGCUGGUAACACUGCUAGUCCAGAGCUCCAGCACCUCCUCAUCCAUUGUGGUCAGCAUGGUUUCCUCUGGAUUGCUCCAGGUCUCGACUGCUGUUCCUAUUAUAAUGGGGACCAACAUUGGCACAUCAGUCACAAAUACUCUUGUAGCCAUGACACAAGUUGGGGACAGGAACAAGUUCCGCAGGGCAUUUGCAGGAGCCACUGUGCAUGAUUUCUUUAACUGGCUUUCUGUACUGGUGCUAUUGCCUCUGGAAAUUGCCUCUGGUUACCUGGUAAAGCUCACCGAACUCAUAGUGAAAUCUUUUAAUAUUCAGAGUGGAGAAAAUGCACCAGCCCUCCUAAAUGUCAUUACAGACCCGCUUACCCAAUCUAUCAUAGAGCUGGAUGAAUCUGUGAUAAGCGGCAUUGCCACCGGAGAUCCUGAAGCCAAAAACAAAUCUCUCAUCAAGGUGUGGUGCCAGACAGCCAAAAACAUGACUCUCCAGAAUGUGACAGCAGAAAACUGCACUGGCUAUUUGUGUUGGGAAUUGAAAAAUGUUACAGAAAUCACAAACAUCAAGAAAUGCAAUCACAUCUUUGUAAACACAAACCUGCCUGACCUGGCGGUGGGUCUGAUUCUGCUGGCUUGCUCUUUGCUGGUCUUGUGCACUUGCCUCAUUAUGAUUGUGAAGCUUCUCAACUCGAUGCUCCAGGGCCAGGUUGCUGUAGUCAUCAAGAAGAUAAUUAACACUGAUUUUCCAUUCCCAUUUGCAUGGCUGACUGGAUACAUUGCAAUCAUUGUGGGAGCAGGAAUGACCUUCAUUGUCCAGAGCAGUUCUGUCUUCACUUCGGCUAUAACUCCUCUUGUAGGUAUUGGCGUAAUAGGAAUUGAAAGGGUAUAUCCUCUUUCCCUGGGAUCCAAUAUUGGCACAACUACUACAGCAAUAUUAGCAGCCAUGGCCAGUCCUGGGGAAACACUAGCAAAUUCAUUACAGAUAGCCCUGGUUCAUCUUUUCUUCAACAUCUCUGGGAUCUUGCUGUGGUACCCAAUUCCCUUUACACGAGUCCCUAUUCGCUUGGCAAAGGCUCUUGGUGAAAUCACAGCCCAGUACCGGUGGUUUGCUGGCUUUUACAUCAUCAUCUGCUUCUUUGUUUUCCCUCUACUGGUCUUCGGCCUCUCUAUGGCUGGUUGGCAGGUCCUUGUGGGGGUACUUGUUCCCAUAGUGGCUGUUCUGAUAUUUGCUAUCGUGGUUAACAUUCUACAGAAGCACAAACCACAGUGGCUUCCUUCUUGUCUCCGGUCUUGGGACUUCCUCCCCCUAUGGGCCCACUCUCUUGAACCCUGGGAUAGAGUUGUUAUAAUGAUGACCACUCACUGCUGCUGUUGCUGCAAGUGCUGCAAGUGCUGCAAUGUUACGGAAGAAGAUGAGGAAAUGGAAAAACAUGAAAUGAAGAAUCAUGAAAUAGAGAUGUAUGAUAAUCCGACAAUGGCUGUUGAGAUCAACGAGGACAAGAAAACAUCAGACAACUCUGAAAUCCUCAGGGGAACCUCUUUAUAAAAUUAAAUGCAGAUUUUUUGUUAUUACUAUGCUAUUAUAAGUGUAUUAUGAUGUUAUAACACAUAUAUGACAUAGCAUACUCAAACUGGUCUUGACAGCAUAUCAGUGCACUUCAGAACAACAACAAGAGUAAAAUUUUAUAUUUUGUAUUUCACCAUUUAUUUUAAAGCCUAACAUUUAUUUUGCUUCUUGUCUUACUGAAAGUUUUAUACAAAGAUGCUUUAUUGUACAGGAAAUUGUAAAUGUCAUUGUUAAAUAUAAAAUCUUGUAGUAGCUUUAUAAAAACUAAAAUCUGA